GUCACAAAGGUUUGCGCACAGUUCCGACAAGCCUUACCCUUGAUUAGUCUUCUUCUCCAUUCUGGUCAGGCACCAGGGGCUUCUGCUCAUAUGCUGUAGUGGACAUCUUCCCGGCAGGUGGAAGAGGGACUUCCAGAUGCCCUGUCUUCAAGCAUGAAGCAUCUAAGCACUAGGAGAACCCAGCCCUUGCCAUCGAUGAUACCUGCCUGAAGCUUCCUGAAGAGGGAGCCCUGCUCACUGUUUUUAGACAAAAGACUGUCUGUUCCAGUUUAUGCACCCGCCACCAGGCCACCAGGCCACCAGAGCUGUGCCACCCAUCGAGGACCCUGGCAUUAGGAUUCUAGCCUAAUUUAUCUCUCUCAUCGCAGACCCUGUGAUGAACACGGAGGUGAAAACCCAGUUGGCCGAGCACCUGCUAGAGAGUCCAAAGCCAGAGCCCGAGAAGAAGCCAGAGCACUUUUCAAGGAGCCACGGGGAUGCUGGGUUCCAGAAAGAACCUAUGGUCCCAGGCAUCGUGGAUUUUGAGUUGAUCCAAGAGGAGCUGAAGAUCCCCAAGCCCCAAACGCCCAGUGCCUAUCGCUUUGGACGUCUCAGCCACCAUUCCUUCUUCUCUCGACACCACCCCCAACCACAGCGUGUGACGCACAUCCAAGAUUUCACCGGGAAGCCCGUCUGCGUGGUCAGGGACGAGUUCUCUUUGGCACCCUUGACUCAGUCUGCGCUCUUAUCUGGUUGUCUGAUGGCGAUGCCCACCAUCUCUGACCCCAUUGGGGACCCACAGUCCAAUCGGAACCCCCAGCUUUCUUCUGACACCUGGCAGAAGAAUCUAAAGGACCUAGCUUCCCGAGCAUUUACUAAGGAGAUCGAGCCAAGGACCAAUGAGCCUGGUGCCGAGCAAAGGAUCGAGCCUGGAAAGAAAGCCUUCCAGAAGGAAGAGCCUCCUCUGAGGGAGCAGGGGGCAAAGUACUCAGCUGAGACCGGUAGGCUUAUUCCAGCUUCCAGCCAAGCCCUCGGCCGCCGUGGCCACCAGGGGCAGCGGGGCCACUCUUCUGGCAGAGAUGGAGGAGUCCAAGCCUCCAUUCUGCAGGACCAGGACCUGCUGAUCUUGGAACUUCUUUGUCAGAUUCUACAAACAGAUUCCCUACACGCUAUCCAGUUCUGGCUGCUCUACGCUCCACCAAAGGAGAAAGACCUGGCACUGGGACUUCUGCAGACAGCUGUGGCUCAGUUAAUCCCCCAGCCCCUCCCUUCCCUCCCAGAAGAAAAUCUCUUGAGUCAACUCCAAGAGCUUCAAGAACCUCAAGAGACACAACAGACAACCUACAGUCCGUCCCUGAAGAAGACAAAGACACCACCUUUAUCCAAGGCAGAAAAACCAGAGUUCGUGGGCAAAGCCCAAGUCCUCCGCGUGCAUUCCGACGAGGACUCGGAGGAGAAAACGACCAAGACAAAGGCCGAGAGCUGAGAAGCACAGCCCAGAGCAUUGAGAUGUCUGCCUAGCUCAAAGGCAGCUUCUAAGCUUAUGAAGGGUGGGGCUCCUGUCUCACUAUGUCAACACCAGCCCCUGGUCUCCAGCCACACUCUACUAAAUAAAGUGCUGCCUUCCCCGGAUGAGGACAGUUCUACCCUCCCA